AUGAUCAACCUGAGCGAUUCCACGCUAUGCGUCUACCAGCGCACUGCGGAGAAGACGUUGCACCCGAAUCUGAGUGAGGCCGGCGUUGCCGGAGUGGACAGUCAAGUUCUGCAGUGGCUCCUAGACACUCGGUUCAGUGGCAAGUCCGUUCGCCUGGCAUUGGGGACUGACUUCAUCGCGGAGGUUGAGACAAAGAAUAGUCUGACAAUCAGGUUCCGGUUGACACGUGCACUGCAGACUCUGAGGGAUGGUGGUACUUCAAUUCAAAUUCAAGCCACUCAAGAUUUGACGAGCUCGGAAAUCCUGGACGUCCCGAUCCAGGUGGUAUCGACUGCACCGAGACCCAUCAUCCAUGUCAACAGCGGUAUGCAGCCUGAAUAUAGUUUCUUGCUUCCUCAGUUCAGUCCUUUAGACACGCGAUCUGACUAUGCGAUGUGCGGUGGGCGCAGCGACAUUAGCCACCUUGGGGCAAGCGUCACGGACGUGCGUUUCGAGGUUGUGCACACUGACGUGCAGGAGCCAAGCUCAUGCCACAGCCAGCAGCCAGACCAGCGACGCAUGUUCCGAAGCGUCCGGCGCAAAGACUCCGGCUGUGGACGAUGGUGCGAGCGCUACAUCCCACGAGCGGAGACGUAUGACAUCGUCGUGGACAGAUCGCCGAAGGAGUGCUACAUGAUGGCCGUGAGCCUCCAAGACGUGGAUGCUCUACGCAACACGAGGGUCAUGACGGCAGGUGCUGCAGAAAACAAAUGCCUGGAUGAAGGGUGGCUAGGACAGGCUAUUCGUCUGAACUUCUCAGAGGGAGUGAACGAAAUCCUCAUCAGCAAGGCAGACCCCAACAAGGAAAUCAGAGGCCUGACGCCCCUUCAGAUUGCAGCU